AUGGCCCUGGAGCUUGAGGAGGCCUUCGGUGCGGCGGGCGAGUUCGGCGGCGGCCAGCGGCGCCUCGUGGGCCUCCUGGUGCUGCUGCAGGUAUCUUAUUUUAAGGUAUAUGUGGCUUGUCAGUCGAUGCUUAUUGUGCUUGUGGGAGCUGCACCCGAGUAUCAUAUUGACCAAGAGGAAAUUCCRGUUGGCAGAGCUGAGCUUUCCAAACACAUCCAUUUUGCAAACAACUUCACCUCAAUAGUAACUGAGUGGUACCUAAUUGAAGGAGAAGCCUACAAAGUGGGUCUUGCAUCUUCCCUGUUUUUUGCUGGAUUGCUUAUUGGGAAUAUCACAUUUGGCCCCUUGUCAGAUAAGCUGGGGAGGAAACCAGUUUAUAUAUCAGGUCUCUUUUUUGAUGUCAUUUUUGGGUAUGUCACAGCAUUAGCUCCGAAUUACGAUGUAUUUGCAGUUUCCCGUUUUUUUGUUGGAAUUGUGAAUGGUGGAAUGGCUCUUGUGUCUUUUGUCCUAACACAAGAGUAUGUAGGAAAAUCAUUUUGGUCACUUACAGGUUCGCUGACCAACUUGACGUUUGCGGUCGGCAUUGCCRUGUACGCGCUGCUGGGCUACUGGGUGAGGGAAUGGCGCUGCCUGGCCUUGCUGUCCAAUACGCCAGGACUCAUCUUCUUUCUUCUCUCCUUUAUGCUCCCAGAAUCGCCACGAUGGCUCUAUUCCCAAGGGAAAACUGCAGAAGCUGAGCAUGUGUUGCAGUACAUUGCUCUUGGUAAUGGCAAAGAGCGACUGAAUCUGAAAUUGAAGCCAGGUGCAGGAACUCUGAGCAAGGAGGAACCGGCACCUGGUAUCCUAAACCUGGUAAAGCACCCAGUCCUUCGGUGGCGAACUGUCAUACUGAUGUACAUCUGGUAUGUCUGCAGCUUUGUGUACUACGGGCUAACUUUAAAUGCUGGUGAAUUAAGAGGGAAUCUGUAUUUAAAUGUGGCUCUUUAUGGUCUUGUCGAAAUUCCAGCAUUUCCUCUCUGCAUGGUUUUUAUUGAGAAAUCCUGGUGCGGCCGACGACGAACUAUGGCCUCUUUUCUGGUAUUUGCAGGGUUCGCUUGUGUAUUUACCCUGUUGCUGCCAACAAAUGCUGGUUUGUUCUUCAGCCCCACUCUCUUAGCUUUGUGUGGAAAAAUGAUGGUCAGCGCUGCUUUCAACAUCGUGUAUGUUUAUACUUCUGAACUCUACCCAACAGUAUUGAGAAAUGCUGGCUUGGGUGUCUGUUCCAUGUCUUGCAGAUUUGGAGGCAUUUUGGCUCCRUUUGUGCCAUCUAUGAAAUCUCUUGGUCCUUUCGUACCGUUUGUGGUGUUUGGGAUCAGUGGGCUGUCAGCUGGAUUCUUGACACUCCUUCUACCAGAAACACUGAAUAAGCCAAUUGCAGAGAGCAUUGAGGACCUUCAGAUUUCCAAAUACCAAGUGCUGAAAAACAAAAAGGCAGAGUAA